AUGACAACAACUAAUCUACUUAUAGAUAUCAUAAAUGACAGCUCAAUCAUCGAUAAUAUAAAGGUAAAGCAACUAUCGGUUCAAAUAUCACAAUUUAAUGAUGUUGACAUAGUUCUGCUUAAUCCUCUGGAAUUACCUGUUGAUACCUCCUACAAAUACAUCAUUCUUUUACUCAAGACAGAAAAAAUACUAGCACAAGAUCCAUAUAACCCAAUUUUGAAACAGCUUGUUGUUGAUGUUAACAGUAUUCCACCCGUGGCACCCAAUAUCAACGAGAAUGACUUUAAUAGCUGGUUUAUCAAAGUUAAGCAUAACGACUUAGUCACUGAUAUAGCUUAUUUGAUUACUGAUUUGAAAUAUGACAAUUUCAUCGAUUUAAUCAACAAGAAACUUUUAAAUGUGAAAUCUGUCCCCACAUCGAACCCCUACUAUUCUCAAUUGACUGUCUUGAUCAAGUUGAAAAUCCUACACCUUUACUUGUUAUCAAACUAUAAUUUCAGAAACUUGAAUAUUGCCCACUAUUUACAGGAAAACUUGAUUGCUGAAGAGGUUAGUGGGGAUAUUUGGCAAUUAUUUGAAAAUUUCAAGACCAAUGCGUUGAUUUCUCAUGAUUUAUUUAACUUGAUUGUAUCAGCCAACUUUAAUGACAACUACCAAAAGAUUAUUGAAAAAAUGGACAAGACCAAGUUGUAUAUGAAUAUUCUUGAAAAUAACAUCAUUAGAUUAAGUAAAUAUUAUACCUCAAUCAAGAUUUCUAGAAUCGGGGAGAUGUUUCAAUUUCAAGAAAAAGGGAUCAAUGUUGAUUUAGAAAAUUUACUUUUCGAUAUGAUUAUAAGAAAGAAAUUAAAUGCCGGUAGUAAGAUUGACCAAUUGGAAAACAUACUUCAAUUCGAAGAAUCUGCAGAGAACUCAGUACAACUCAAUGAUCAUAUUAAACAAGUUGGAACUUUAAUUAGUGAUAUAUGUAUUAGAAUCUAA